GUGGAUAGGCAGGCAGGCAGAGGGAGAAGAACAUUUACAUGUCUGAAGCCUUCAACAAAUGCUUUCCUUUGACUGCAUGGUAAUGACCAAAGUAGUACAGUAUCCAAGAAAUUUUCUCCUGCUAUCAUCUUUCUCGAAGGAAACCGAGAUGAAGGUACACAUACACACAAAAUUUUGCCUCAUUUGUUUGCUGACAUUUGUCUUUCAUCAGUGCAACCAUUGCCAUGACCAUGGUCCUGAAGAGAGCCAUGGACACAACCAUAAUGACUAUCAGAUCUCAGAGGCACCAUAUCUCCAGAAUGAAGGAGCAGAAUCUGCACCAAGUAAAUUUUCAGUGCUGGAAGCUGAAAAUGUACAAAAAUACUACAUUGAAAAACUUUUUGAUCGUUAUGGUCAAAAUGGAAGAUUGUCGUUUUUUGGUCUUGAAAAACUGCUAAUAAACCUUGGUCUUGGAGAGUUAAAAGUAGUGGAGAUUAAUCAUGAGGAUAUUGGUCAUGAUCACGUUUCCCACUUGGAUGCCUUAGAGGUACAAGAAGGAAAACAUUCUCAUUCUCAUAACCAUUCUCAUUCUCAUAGCCACUCAGGUCCAGAAAACCAAACUGUGAAUGGCAUAUCUUCAAAGAGAAACAAUAAAUGUGACCCGGAGAGAGAGACAAUAGAGUCAUCUGUGAAACCUGCCAGUAAACGUGUUCGUGACAACAAUCAUCACCACUACCAUCAGCAUCAUCAUUCUGACCAUAAUGGUACUCAUCAUUCUCAUAAUGAUUCAGUCAGUCAGAAUGAACAUGGAGAGCCAAGCCAUGAACCUUCAACAGAGACCAACACUACCCAAGAACAACCUGAGAGAAAAUCACGGAAACCUAAGAAGAGACGAAAGGGAAAGAAAAGUGAGAUAUCAGUAGAUACUGCCCUAGAUUUUUCUCAAGACCAUGAUUCAGGUGAUCAAUAUGAGCACAAUCAUGUUCAUAAACAUGAUCAUGUACAUGAUGCAGCCCACUCACAUGUUCAUAUUCAACAACACGAUAAUGACCAAACCACUGGUCAUGGACACCAAGAUCCUAAUCCUGGUAAUGAGGAUGGACAUCGCCAUACCAGUAAACGUGAAGCUCCUCAUAAACAAAUUAGUGUAAGAAAACAUGCUAUCUUUUCAACACAUAGUCACAAGGAUCACAGUGAGGAUGAACAUCAACGAGAAGAGUGUUUAAAUGUCACUCAGCUCCUGCGGUACUAUGGUCUUGGAACCAACUCUCCAAUAUCUCCUGACUUGUUUACGUACAUGUGCCCUGCGUUGCUAUAUCAGAUUGACAGAAGACUUUGUAUUGAGCAUUAUGAUCAUUUGCUGGUUGAGGACUUGAAGAAAGAUAAAAGUGCAGCAGCUACAAAUAAGGAUAAAAUAGGUGCAUCAGCCUGGCUUUAUGGUAUCAUUUCUAUCACUGUCAUUAGCCUGCUGUCCUUACUAGGUGUGAUCUUGAUACCCAUCAUUAACCAAGGAUGCUUCAAAUUCCUUCUAACCUUCCUCGUUGCUUUGGCUGUUGGAACACUGAGCGGAGAUGCAUUAUUACAUCUCUUGCCACAUUCUCAAGGAGUCCAUAAUCACACUCACCAACAGGACCACAGUCAUGUGCAUGAACACAGACAUUCUCAUGGACAUUCCCAUGGGCAUGGAGCAAGAGAUGAAAGUUUUUUGGAAGAAUAUGAUGCAGUAUUGAAAGGGCUUGUAGCUCUUGGAGGCAUUUAUCUUUUGUUCAUCAUUGAACACUGUAUAAGAAUGUUUAAGCACUACAAGAAACAAAAGUCUAAACAGAAGUGGUGCAAGAAAAAAACAAAGAUUGAAGAAUCACCAAUUGGAAGGAAACUUUCAGAACACAAACUAAAUCAUAGGCCAGAUGCUGACUGGCUUCAGCUCAGACCCCUGGCAGGAGCGGAUGACUCAGUUGUAUCUGAAGAUCGACUGAAUGAAACUGAACUAACUGAUCUAGAUGGCCAGCUGGAAUCCCCUCCUAAAAACUUUCUGUCUGUAGAAGAAGAGAACAACAUGCACCAUUCCCACAAUGAUAUCUCUCACUCUGUUCAAGACCAAGAUCUUCAUGAUACAGAGUACGAUGACAACCAUGGAGAAGAUAAAAUAGCUAUGAAACACAACCAUCACUGGCAUCACAAACAUUCCCAUCAUUCCCAUGGUCAUUGCCAUUCUGGAAAGGACCUGAAAGAUACUGGCAUUGCUAAUAUAGCUUGGAUGGUAAUUAUGGGAGAUGGCAUCCAUAAUUUUAGUGAUGGCUUAGCAAUAGGAGCAGCUUUUAGUGCUGGAUUGACAGGAGGAAUUAGUACAUCUGUAGCAGUGUUUUGUCAUGAGCUUCCCCAUGAAUUAGGUGAUUUUGCUGUGCUGCUUAAAGCUGGUAUGACAGUAAAGCAAGCCAUUGUGUACAACGUCCUGUCUGCUAUGAUGGCUUACGUAGGGAUGCUAAUAGGCACAGCUGUUGGACAAUAUGCCAAUAACAUCACUUUAUGGAUCUUUGCGGUCACCGCUGGCAUGUUCCUUUAUGUUGCAUUGGUAGAUAUGCUUCCAGAAAUGCUGCAUGGAGAUGGCGAUAAUGAAGAACAUGGAUAUUGUCCAGUUGGGCAAUUCAUUCUCCAGAAUUUAGGCUUGCUCCUUGGAUUUGCUAUGAUGCUGGUGAUUGCACUGUAUGAAGAUAAAAUUGUGUUUGACAUCCAGUUUUGACCAUUUCCAGAAAUUGCUGUGGUUACGAUGUUACUGUAUGGCUUUGAGUCUGCAUUGUUGUACUGUAUGCACAUUGCUCAGAGAAAUGGCAGUGGCUUGCACUACUUACACAACUACAGUCUAUUUGUUUCUGCAUAGAUUAACUUUUGCUGCUUGCUAACUAAAAUGGUGCACAUAGUGUACCUUCCAAAUUCAAGAAGCAGAAUUUAAAUAUGAAAACACCAAGUUGUGUGUGCUGCACAUUAAGCAUUGUGCAAUUGUUUACAAAUCAGCAUGCAGCGAAAGACCUAGUCUGUUCUGGAAAUAUCUUUUCACAUUACAGUUGAACAAAAUCCACAACUUUAAAGGUGAAAUCCAUCUCUCUGCCGUGGGGGAUGUCACUUCCUCCGUAAGGCUUAGAUGGCAAGCUGGUCCUCUGCACAGUGGUGGAUGUUACCCUCAGACAAUUAAAUAUACUAACAUAGCACCUGACUGGAAAAAACUGUGCUUUUUUGGACUAAAAAAAAAAAUCUCUUUAAAACAUGCUGGGUACGCAUUAAACUGCAUUUCAUGGUUCUAAAGUCAUGUUUAAGGAGGCAGUCUGUGUAAUCUGCUGCAAAGAGAGAUACUCCAUUGAGGAUCAGUUUUCCUAAGAUUUAUUUGAUGUUAGCUCCUUGGUAUCGGUAGGAAAAUGAAGUAGAGUUAGUAUUAACUUGGGAGAAAUCCUUGUUGUCAGAGAGUUAAUGGUAUUCCUGCUUGUUUGCUUCAGAAGCUAAACAUGUUAAACGUUGGGUGCAACUUACAACCUAAACUACUGAUAAAUUGUGGCUGUGAGUUUAUGCAAAUGCACCUCUAGCAAAGGGUCCAUAAUGGAAUUUCUCAGUUUUAACAGUUCAAUUUAUCUUGGAAUUCAAAAUUUUUCUCCUUUUUUACAGUAAUAUCUUCUGAAAGCCAAUGUAUUGAACCCAGAUACAAAGAUUAUUAAAAAUACUCUGUAUAUUAGUACUAGUGUAUCAUUUCAAAUCUGAAUGUAUUACUUCAAUGCCUUGGCAUCAGAGCUGAUAGCGCCAGCCAUUGCAGGCAAUAGACUGUGUGCUGAAAGAUUCCCACUUACAGCAGUAAAGAGUUAAUUUUUUAAACAUUUGUUAUAUCUUGGAUAUCUAGGCUAUAUAAAGCAUCUGUCAUUAAAUUACCUAUACCAGUGAGUUGGGAAGAUGUGGUGAACCAUAAAAAUUCUUAACCUGCUAGAAUCAGUUUCUUUGUUUAAUGCCAAAAUGCUUGUAUUGCCAGGUGUGAAUUAGUUUUUUUCUAUUCUGCUGUCCUAUUAAAAUUGUGAAUUUGUGCGAUGUACAAGCCAUGUUAAUUCUGCAGUCUGACUUGAUAAUCUAGAAUCAGUCCUAAGUAUGGUGGUGGUCUUCUUUUAACUUGCUGUUCUAAUUUUCAUUUUUAUGUAUGCCAGGUAAGCUCUGUUUUGCUGUGCACUGUCAAGUUUUGUUUGCUUAGCAUCAAAAAUUGCACUGGUUUAACAUCUUAACAAGCCAGUCAGUGUCUUCAUUCUUAAUGAAUGAUUAAUCUCAAUAAUCUCUGUUCCUGUUCAUCUUUACUUUUGAUCCUUCAGUUUAGCGAUAUAGUCGUUCCUUUUUCUUGGCCACUCCCGUCCCCUUUAAAGGUAUACGUUGGCUCCUGCCAGUAUUUGUUCCUAAUACAGUAUCAAGAAACUUGCAUGUACAGUAUUAAGUGUCCAUUUUGUAAAAGGUGUCAGUGAAGAAGUCAAAAUCAAGGGUCCCGUCCUGCAGUCCUUUGUGCAGUGAAGUCAUUUGGAAUUUUGCACAUAAAACGACUAGAAGAUCAGACCCUAAUUAGAACAGACAUCAUCUCAUUGAAUGCUUAAGAGUAGGAUAUGCUAGGUAACGGUUUCAAGAGCAAUGAUAUGACUUUGGAGUAUAAAGGUAUGUCUACACUACAGUGGCCCAGCUGCCCUGCUCUUGUGUAGAUACUUGCUGCAGUGAUUAGUCUUUCUGUCACUGGCAAAUCAAGAGACCGUGAUUAGGUCACUGGCACAAUUCUUACAUCAAUUUAGCGUGUGUACACUGGUGGUUAGUUCAGUUUAACUCUAUCAGGAUGUUAAUAUUUCACACCCUUGAGCAGCAGAGCUAGGUCAAUGUAGUGCCAUUUUCAAAAGUGAAUUUGACAUGUAUGCCCAGAUCCUCAAAGAUAUUGAGGCCUAGCUACCAUUGAUUUCAAUAGGAGUUAGGAACCCAAAUUCCUUUGAGUAUCCAGACCUUUGUCUCAUUGAAACUCAGUGCUACUUAUCCUCCCAAGGCCUGAUCUAUACUUAAAGCUUAGAUCGACUUAGUAACAUUGCUUAGGGAUGUGGCAUAAGAGACAUAGCUAGACCAACCUACGCACCCAUGCAGAGGUUGCUAGAUUGACAGAAAAAUUCUGUUGGUGACCUAGCCACUGGGACAGAUGAACUACAGCAACAGAAAACCCCCUUCUAUUGCUGUAGCAGCUACACUAUAGUGCUAGUGAGGUGUGGCUGCAGUAGUGCAGUUGUCCGUGUAGCAUUUCUAGUGUACAUAUAUGCUAAAGCUUGCUUGAAAAUUGGACUUAGAAGCCGAAGAUACUCAGGUGCUUUUGAAAACUUCAGUCGUUGAUUCUUCUGUAGUUUUAGUGCUGCAAAAUUUAAAUGAGCUUUUAACUCUCAGAAUUGAAAUUUGUCAAAAAAUCACCCUUCUUAAUUCUUUUCAAAUGAAGAUUUCUGUAUUUCAGGAAGCAUAUUUACUUUUCUAUUAGCUGGAAUGUGCUAUAUUGUAAUUAUACUACCUAUCUACUGGAGAAGAGGGGGGAGCAAUUUUCAGUUAGUUUUACUGAAGACUUUUUUUCCCAAAUGGAAAAACAUGGUAAUGUUGUACCAAAUGUUAUAACAUUUUCAACUAGAUUGGAAUUAGUUUCUUUAUAUGUUACUAUUUAUUAUGAUUGUGAAGAGCAAUAUAACAGCUGUGGCUUCUUCUAAAGGUUUCCACCAGUGUUUAAUUUCAGAUCCAUUCAGUGUAGUUUUAUGUCAAGUUACAGACAAUCUGAAUUCCAGUCUACUCAUACUUGGCUUCAACAUUCCAUUCUGCUUGUAUGCAGUCUAAUUUAACGUAUUCUUUGGAGGGCAUCAGUGUUACUUGCAUAUUACAAUUCUGUCACUGUGUGACAUCCCAUAUGAAUUUUCAUGUAGAUCACAUUGCAGUCAAUCAGCAGUGAUUAUGCUUAGAAAAUACUGUAGAAGGUAGAUGCAGUGUGAAUUUUUUUCCAUUACAGUUUAUAGUUUAAAAAUGUGAUUAAGGUCCUAUGAGAUACUUUCUGAGCUAUAAAUCUUUUUUUGUUAUAACUAAGUCAUUUAAAACACUUUUAUAAAGCUGGGAAUGAUCAAAAGCUGUUUUGUUCAUUGUCAGCAGUGUUGUGUUCAUUUUAUGUAUGUUCCUUAUUUAUAAGGAGCUUCAAAAAUAAAAUUAUUCAAGGAGCAAA